AUGACUGUGCGAUCCAUGGACGGAGAAGUACUUCACCAUACAGCCACACAAAGUGUGGAAGAUGACGCGGGACAGCAGAGCGAUGUGAACGCUGCCCGCCUGACAGAGACGGCUGUGGAGGUGCCCUGGAGCAUUGGGGCCGCAGUAGAGGGCCAAGCGCCAGUGCCAGGAUGGCUGGAAACGCACUCCAGCCUGGUCUCCAUUCAGGAUCAAGACGGCAGUGCCCUGGCACACCUGAAACACUCGCAGCUGGCGGCGGGGCUGCGGAAGCUGGGCCUGGGUGGCAAGACUGCAAUAGCUGGAACAGUCGCUGAGUCAUCAGUAGGCCUGCCUGUGGGCGCAGAGACAGGCCUGCAAGACGGGCUAGCUCGAGUUGGGCGCGUAGAGGUAUCCGGGGAGGAACCAGCUACCCAGCUCCAAUCUCCCACUGUCCCAACUCUGCAAUCAAUCAGCAAGGCACGACAAGUUGUGGUGGGGCCUGCCCGCUUCUCCCCUGCUCGGGCGUCCCCGAGGCACAACGAAGGUCAUCAGGCCUCAGCUCAGCCUCCUUUUGGUGCAAUAGGCACCAAGCACUCAAGUGGGGCACCUUCCGACCAAACUCAGGCACUCCGCACUCUCAUAGAGAGACUGCAAGCCACGGAUGCCAAGUGGGAGACUCAGACAGCAGACCUCGCCUCCCUCCCAGCCCUGCUGUGCUCGUGCCAUCCCCGCUACACCAGGGCCCACCUCCUGGACAGCGCCCUGGCCGUGCUUUCCUUGACGCAGUCUCCGCGCAGCCAGGUGGCGCGGGCUGCGCUGAGCACCCUCGAGAUCCUGGUGAAAGCCCACUGCUCCAAGCUCGACAGGCUGCUGGAGACCAUGCUGCCCGUCCUCCUACCCCUGGCAUUCCCCGUCGGGCGUGCCGGGUUCCUCGCGGCAGCCGCCAGGGCAGCGCUGAGCGCGACGGCGCAGGCGGCGCAGGCGGCGCCGAUGAUGAACGCCCUGCUGUCCGCCCUGGCGGGCGCCAAGGUGGCUGCCGCCCGCACGUACCUCGCACGUCUCUGCUGCGAGUUGCAGCGCCGACACGGGUCCGCGCUGGCCCCCGACACCCUCCUGCUGCAGAGGACGGCGCAGGCUGCGCUGCAGCUGCAGCGGGAUGCACACUCCGAGCAGAGGGCAGCGGGGAAGGCCAUGUUGCAAGGGGUCUAUCAGGCAGUGGGUGACCAGGCAGGCUUCAUGGCCAUGCUCAAGCAGUGGGGUGUGAGUGGCCAUGAGGUAGGCGUCUUGCUCCAGUGA